UUCACCGACGACCCCGCCCUCCACUCCCUCUCCAAGGCUCCGAUCGAUUCUUGACUUGUCCUUCUCGGAGCCGCGACGCCGACGACGAGCGUGCAGCGCAACGACGGGACAGGAACAGCGGGCGGAAGCUCUUGAUGGGGUUGAGGAAGCGCUUGCUCGAGUGCUUCGGGCGUGGCGGCGAGCGGGCGCCGGAGCCGGAGGCGGCUCCACGGCAGAGCAGGCCCGCCGGCGGCGGGAAGCCGGUGCUGCGGCGGCUGAGCACGGCCAACCUGCGGUCCCUGUCGCUGCAGGACCUGUCGCGGAAGCUGGAGACGACGAAGCUGCACGCCUUCACGCUGGACGAGCUCAAGGCGGCCACCAAGAACUUCUCCAACACCAACUUCCUCGGCGAGGGCGGUUUCGGCCCCGUCUACAAGGGCUUCGUCGACGGGAAGCUCCGCCCGGGGCUCGAGUCGCAGCACGUCGCCGUCAAGUACCUCGACAGCGACGGUGUCCAGGGGCACCGCGAGUGGCUGGCGGAGGUGGUGUACCUCGGGAUGCUGAGCCAUCCGCAUCUGGUGAAGCUGGUAGGCUACUGCAACCAAGACGACCACAGGAUGCUGGUCUACGAGUACAUGCCCAGGGGCAGCCUCGAGAACCACCUCUUCAAGAAUCUCCUUGCGUCGUUGCCAUGGUCGACGCGGCUCAAGAUCGCCGUCGGAGCGGCCAAGGGGCUGGCGUUCCUGCACGAGGCGGAGACGCCGGUGAUCUACCGCGACUUCAAGGCUUCCAAUAUCCUGCUUGACUCGGAUCACACCGCUAAGCUUUCUGACUUUGGCCUGGCGAAGGAGGGACCGCAGGGGGACGCGACCCACAUCACGACGCGCGUCAUGGGCACGCACGGGUACGCGGCGCCGGAGUACAUCCUGACGGGCCACUUGACGUCGAAGAGCGAUGUCUACAGCUUCGGCGUGGUGCUCUUGGAGCUGCUCACGGGCCGCCGCUGCGUGGACAAGCGCCGCCGCGGGCGCGAGCAGAACCUGGUGGACUGGGCGCGGCCCUACCUGCGCCGCGCCGACAAGCUGCACCGGUUCAUGGACCCGAGCCUGGAGCUGCAGUACUCGGAGCGCGCCGCGCAGAAGGCAGCCCAGGUCGCGCACCAGUGCCUGCAGAGCGUGCCCAAGGCGCGCCCGAACAUGCGCGACGUCGUGGACGCGCUCGAGCCGCUGCUCGCGCUCGACGACGACGUGCCCAUGGGCCCGUUCGUGUUCACGGUCGGCGCAGAGGCGGCGCCAGCGCAAGUCGGGGCCGGCGCGGCCGAUGCCAACGACGACGAGAGUCACGAGACGGAGGCAGCUGGCAGCCGGAAGGGCAAGAGGCACGUCAUGUCGGCGGUGCACGCGGAGAGCCCGCUGCGCAGCCGGUACGCGAGCGCGGUAAAAAGGCCAGAGAGCCCGCCAACUAUGAGCAGGGCAUGAGUGUAUACAGCAAAGGGAUUACAAAUUACAAGUGUACAUAGUGACAAAUUUGAUUUUUUUUUCUCCUAUUUCUCUGUUAUGUUAGUCUUUCUCCCAAGAAUUUGAAGGGUAUAGAUUUUGUUUGUUUUUCGUUGCAUUAGUAUACUGCCGAUAGUACCUCAACUGAUGGGUACUUGUAUACUGAAAAAUUGAGGCAAUAUAUAUUGCAAAAGAUGUUCGAGUCA